UAUUUCGAUUGCAUUGUACUCUAGUCCCUAAACAGUUUUACAAUGUAUAUAAAGUUAACGAAACAGUGAAGUAGUUUCACACUAUUUACAUAUAAGACAAACUGUUUUUCUCGACGAAUAGGCUUAUGCGAUUGCUAGUGUAGAGUUAGAAGCUAAAACGCACACAUGAGUUUGGGGAAAAAAAAAGAAAACCUUGUGUUUUGUAGUAUCUGGAACAAGGGAAAGAAAUCGUACUUGACUGAGGUGGUGAUAUAAGCUGAAUAAGUCCCCAGUAGAGGUCGCCGCUUGAAAAUUAACAAGUGUGACCAUGCUGUUUGCUAUUUCAUUGAUUAUUGCCUCAUUGGUGAGAGUUGGUGCUUCAGUGUCACGUCCUCCCAGUAUCUACAUUGAGCCCCCUUUUGAGAUUUACUACAAGGUUGGAGAAAGUGUUGAACUUUCAUGUCAGGCAGACGGUGAACCUAAACCCACAUAUGAUUGGAGUAGAAAUGAGAUUGUGUUUAAUCCCAGUGCUAACGAUGACAGGAUUGUACAACUGUCGGAUGCUGGUACUUUAGUUAUCAAUAGGACAGAAGACAAAGAUGAGGGAAUAUAUCAAUGUUUUGCUAAAAAUGAUUUUGGAAGGUCUGCCAGUAAAAUAGUUAAUUUGAGGCAGGCCAAACUGGCAAGUUUUGCUUUUGCAAGACCUACAUACCACACACCAUUAUUGGGAAGACCUUACACACUUUUCUGUGUACCACCAGAAAGUGUUCCUCCUGCCACUGUCUUCUGGAUAACUAAAACAGCUCAAGGAGGUUUUAAUGUCGUCAAUUAUGACUCCAGGGUCUCCGUGGACCGAGAAUAUCGUCUAAGAAUAACCAAUGUGAAAAGAGAAGAUUUUAAUAAUGGUUUACCUUACGCCUGUAAUGCUGUGAAUGACGUGCUGAGGAUUGGUUCUGAAGGCCCACUGCAUUAUCUUACACCAACUGGAGUAACUGAAGACUUUAUGCCAGUAGAAUACUUUUGGGCAGACCAAGAUGAUAGAUUUGGACUUCUAGGGUCCAAUUUCUCUAUUAAGUGUAUCUUUUCUGGGAAUCCAACACCUGAUGUGCAUUGGGAGAGAGCAGACAAUAAAACAAUGUCUGACAGAUGUGAUAGUCUGACUAACGAGCUGAAGAUAACAAAUCUACAAUAUGAGGAUGCUGGAAUCUAUGAAUGCUGGGCGACUAACUAUGUCUCUCUGACUCCAAAAUAUAGAACAUUUAAUCUUCGAGUCAAUGCGAAACCUUACUUCACUAAGGAGCCCACUGAUGUUGAGCUGAGUGAAGGUGAGACAGCCGAGUUCACUUGUUUAGCUGGUGGUGUACCGGAACCGAACAUUUUAUGGUCAAUCAACGGAAUAGCUCUCAAUGAUGUGAUAGACCCUAGAAUAACUGGGCCGAGGUUCAAACACCCUCAGGAGAAUAAGAUCCUCCUGGAGAAUGUUGAGCUGUCAGACUUUAUGGUCAUUCAAUGUAACGCUUCUAACAUUCAUGGAUACGUCUUCGCAGACUUUUACUUGAAAGUGUCCAGUAAAAUUAGAUGAUGUACUGAAUGAAGGUCAUGGGACUGGCAAAAGACUUUGUAUGGAAAAUAUAUAUAUAAAUUAUGUGCGUUUAUACCAUG